UGAAUCUGAAUAACCACUUUCACCCAACCCUAGAGUUUGUCUGCCUGUGUUGUGUUGUUUUAUGGAUUUUAAUAACAAGACAAGAAUAGCCAAACACCUUAAAUCACCAAACAUGACAUUUGAUGAACCAAAAGGAAAAAUUCAUAAGAGUUUUCUGCGUUUCGUCACAGAUGUCAAGCAAGGGAAGUACCAUGGGUCAUUUGAAAUUACAAGUAAAACAGUUGAUUUGCUCAAACAGUUGAUUACGGAUGAAAACUUUUCUAAUGCACAGGGAAUGAUGGAUACAAUCCGCACCCACGGUCGGUAUCUUCACAAGGCUCUCCCAGUCCAUGCUUCUGUGGGAAACAUGGCUCGUAGAGUGUUGAAAAUAGUUCGCGAGGAAUACGCUGCUGGGCGUGAGAACAAAUCUGAGGAAUUGGAUCCUCAAGAUUCUCUCCAUAAGAUUGUAACAUCAGUUGAUAUUGGAGAAGACUACAGUAGUCCUGUACCUGAUCUGAAAUCAGGGGUUCUAGAGCAUAUAUCUGAAUUCCAAAUGGAACUGGAGACUAGCAUUGAUAAUAUAGCACAGCAGGCUCAAGAACAUAUUCAUUCCAAUGAGAUAAUUUUAACCCUGGGGAUGUCUCAUGUUGUUGAAUCGUUUCUCAGAAAAGCUGCUGCCCACAGGAAAUUUGAUGUUAUUGUUGUUGACUGCGAACCUUUAGGCAAGGGUCAUGAACUUGCUGUAAGUUUAGCAAAAAGCAAGAUUAAUACAACUGUCAUAGGAGACAAUGCAAUUUUUGGUAUUAUGUCCAGAGUGAACAAGGUGAUAAUUGGAACUCAUACUGUUAUGGCCAAUGGUGGUCUUCGAGCAUUGACAUCAUGUCAUUCUGUGGCAUUGGCUGCCAAGCACUGUUCUGUUCCUGUUAUAGUCUUGGCUCCUAUGUACAAAUUAACUCCUCAGUAUCUGUGCUCCUAUGAUCAGGAUGCAUUCAACAGCUAUGUUGCACCGGAUGGAGUUUUAGAUUUUUCAGAUCAUCCCACUUUGUCUCAAAUCAAACGCUACUGCCCUGUUUUUGAUUAUGUACCUCCAGAACUAGUGACCUUGUUUAUAUCCAAUACUGGCGGCCAUGCACCAUCCUAUGUUUAUCGUCUCUUGAGUGAACUGUAUCACCCUGAUGACUACGAAUUUUAGGAGGUACUGGAGUCAGGGAUAUUGUUGAGUUUUCAGAGUUCACUAAUAUAUUUUUGUCAUGUCAGCAUAAUAUUGGGACUAACCAUAAAAAUUAAAAUUCAUGCAGCAAA